AUGAGGCGGCACGCCCGUCCAAAAAAGACCCUGCCCAGCAAAGGACUGGAAACACUAUGGAUUGCGUUGCUGUCAAAUGGGCUCAUUCCACGAGUCGAGCUGAAGCACACAAACAUUGCCCCAAAGAUGCAACAAAUUCUCGGCACGAAAACAAGGUGGUGGUUCAACAGACUUUGGGUUAGCCACACCCCUUGGUUCCCGCCUUUUGUGCCGAUCUUGCCAAACCCGAUAAGCUCUAAUUCGACAACGGCAGGAACCACACUAAACGACGCUUUGUGGAAUACGUGGAGUCCUCCGCGUGAACCAAGGAUUGCAUUGGUUAUCGCCGGCGGCUUGGUAUUUCAAGCAGUUACAAGUGUUGCGAACGGCCCAGAGCCGCCAGUAGUGGUUGGAACGGUCCGACUUCAGUGGAAAUGCUCGUUCGGAUCGUGCGGGCGCUACAAGGAACUAGAAACCUACUUCACCCAACCCCAAGCUCGCACCAGCGGGGGUUUACCGACAACUCCAAACAGCCCUGGCGGUCAUGGAAGUUUCAAUAACCCGAUGGGUAUGCCGAACUCCUCUCAAACUUCGUGGUUGUGCUACAAUCCGUUCUUAUCAGGCUCGCUCACAGUCUUUAACAAUAAGCAUCAGCAAGUAAUAAGCAGUAUUCCAACAUACACACCGUCGUUAGAACCAACCUCGCGAACCACUAUAGCUCCUGACGUGCGCGAACAAAUAGCGUCUUACGCCCAAAGUCGCACAUUCAAGUUGGACAUAUCCUCACACAAUAUCAAAUCGGAAAAAGGUCUGGCCACAGCGCUGCAGCAGCAUUAA